CUUAUCCUUUUCGUACGAAGGUUUUGAAAAAAUGGCGAAUUCUAGGGUUUGUCUUCUCCGCCAUAACUUAAACGCCUUGUUUCCCCCUUGUUCCACCUCUAUGCUUUCUCGGCCCGCCUUACCAACCCGUAGAUUCGUUACAUCUGCUUCAAUAUCUUCAAAAGAAUCGUUAAUUACUUCACCAUCCACCGAACAAUCCGCUAAUAAGAACCCUCGUUGGAAGCCAAUGUGCUUGUAUUAUACUCAAGACAAAUGCACUAUGAUGCAAGAUUCUUGUCACCUGCAGAAGUUUAAUCAUAGUUUGUGUUUGGAGGAUUUUGUGGAUGAUGGUGAGUAUAAAAACAGGCAUUCUGAGGAUUUGGAUUAUUUUCUUGUGCUUGAUUUGGAGGGGAAAGUUGAGAUUCUUGAGUUUCCUGUUUUGAUGAUUGAUGCCAGGAGUAUGGAUGUUGUUGCUUUCUUUCACAGGUUUGUUAGGCCUUCAGAAAUGAGUGAAGAAAGAAUUAAUCAAUAUAUUGAAGGAAAAUAUGGAAAGCUAGGAGUUGACCGUGUCUGGCAUGAUACAGCUAUUCCAUUUGACGAAGUAAUUGCACAAUUCGAAGAAUGGAUGCAAAAACAUAGCUUGUGCAACAAGGAACCUGAUAGCCCCCUUCGUCGUGCUGCAUUUGUAACCUGUGGGAACUGGGAUAUAAAGACAAAAAUACCCCAGCAAUGCAAAGUUGCAAAAAUGAAGCUGCCUUCAUACUUCAUGGAGUGGAUCAACUUAAAGGACGUAUAUCUCAACUUCUACAAGAGGCGGGCUGCUGGAAUGCGUACGAUGAUGAACGAACUGAAGAUACCGUUGUUAGGAAGUCAUCAUCUUGGAAUCGAUGACACGAAGAACAUAGCGCGAGUGUUGCAGCGUAUGCUCAUGGAUGGUGCAGAACUGAAGAUUACUGCAAGGAGAAACCCUUUAAUUCCGGAAAAGGUUGAGUUUCUCUUUGAAAAUCGUAUCAAGUAGUUGUUGUGCUCUAGAGGCCAUGUACUUCUUCAAGUGGCCGUUGGUUUUAAGGUAGGACAAAUGUGUAAUUUCAACUGUUUUGACAUAUAUUAAAAUUUAGGUUAAUACGGAAUACCUUACGGAUUUCCUGCUCAA